AUGAUAAAGAGGGCCCAGGAAGGAGGCGAAUGGAUAAUGCUGACGGACCUGUUAAUAAACCAUUUAUUGAAAGCAGCAGUGACGGAUAAGCCAAAGGAACCAAGGAGAGCAUCCAAACCUAAACCGAAGCCAGAAUUAAAGGGGCCUGCCUCGAAAGUGGAACCUACACCUCAAGAAGGACAAGUUUCUUUAGAGGACUUCAAUUUAUUUAAAGUUAUUGGUCGAGGAAGUUAUGCUAAAGUUCUUAUGGUUCAAUAUAAGAAAACAAAAGCCAUUUAUGCUAUGAAAGUUAUUAAAAAAGAGAUUAUUAAUGAUGAGGAGGAUAUUGAUUGGGUACAAACUGAAAAGCACGUAUUUGAGAUUGCGUCAAAUCAUCCAUUUUUAGUGGGAUUGCAUUCAUGCUUUCAAACUAACAGCAGAUUAUUUUUCAUUAUUGAAUUCGUAAAUGGUGGUGAUCUAAUGUACCAUAUGCAACGUCAAAGAAGAUUACCUGAAGAUCAUGCUAGGUUUUAUGCGGGUGAAAUUUGCUUGGGAUUACAUUUCUUGCACGCUAGAGGUAUCAUUUAUCGAGAUUUGAAAUUGGAUAAUGUAUUACUUGACUCUACUGGUCAUAUAAAAUUAACCGACUAUGGAAUGUGUAAGGAAGGCCUUGGGCCGGGCGAUACUACAGGUACAUUUUGUGGUACGCCAAAUUAUAUUGCGCCAGAAAUAUUAAGAGGCCAAGAUUACUCCUAUUCUGUGGAUUGGUGGGCUUUAGGAGUACUUAUGUUUGAAAUGUUGGCUGGAAGAUCCCCAUUUGAUGUCGCUGGUAAUCCAGAUGCGGAGCAAAGUAACUCGGAAGAUUAUUUGUUUCAAGUCAUCCUCGAAAAGACAAUCCGCAUUCCUAGAUCUUUAUCGGUCAAGGCGGCAUCUGUUUUGAAAGGAUUUUUAAAUAAGGCGCAUGAAGAAAGAUUAGGUUGCCAUCCAGAAACAGGAUUUACUGAUAUCCAGUCUCAUGUUUUCUUCCGCCAAAUUGAUUGGGAAGAGCUUGAAGCCCGUCAAAUUCCUCCUCCUUAUAUCCCUCAAGUCGAAAAUUUCCAGGAUCUGUCACAUUUCGAUCCACAAUUUACAAGUGAACCCACCGAUUUUACUCCGGAUGAUCCAUUUAUCCUGGAGAAAAUUGAUCAGUCUGAAUUUGAUGGGUUCGAGUACGUUAAUCCUCUUCUUAUGUCCGAAGAGGAUGCGGUGUAA